CACUCAUGUUGAUAAAAAUAUAACUUUAUUAGCAGAAAUUGCGUUUAUAAGAACAUACCUUAUAACAUCUUAAUUGCAUUAUAAUGACAAAGUUAAAGGAUAGACAAUCAGAUUUAGAACUAUAAAAAUAAUUUAGAACAGGACAAGUUAUAGAUUUUAAAUGUAUUCUUCACUCUACAUUUGGUCUAUUGACACACCCACAAACCAAAAUUGAAAAAAGAAAAAAAAUACAAGUUUUAUCAAUCUAAUUUCCUUAUGCUGGAUUUCUCAUUUGAUCACCGAAAAUAGGGAUUUCACUGCAAAAUCUUUCUCAAAAUAUUUAAAAACAACAAUAACGCCAAGUUAAAAUAUUCAGUGAAACAGAUUGUGGGGUAAUGGAUAACAAAUACAAUUCAAAUAAUUAAGCAAAGAAAAAUAAAUCUGCAUUUCUACAUCCAACAAAGCUUCUGAGGUGCAGUCCUUAAUAAUGGAGAACUGCUUGUUUUAAUGAAUGGUUAAAUGGGAAGCUGUUAUGGCCAAAAUAUUGUUUUAGAAGGUUUUCCUCUCAAACGCUUUAAAGGGUUAAUUCCAGACCCAAUGAGGAGGGAGUAACUAGGGUUACACCACUAAGGUCCAAGCUCCGAUGUAGCCACAGCCCAAUUUACAAAGCAUUAUUUUUUAACUUCUAAAUUUACAUUAAAAUAAAGUAUAGAUAAUAUUAUAAAGAUUAUAUAAUAUCUUAACAUUUUAGGUACAUACAUUUUAAAGUAUGAGGUUGGGUUUUUAUGAUGGCAAACUUAAUAUGUAACAGAAGCACAGAAAAAAUCUCCUAUGAGUCCGUGACUUCUCUCCAUAGUCCUGGUUAGUUCUCCCUAAUCAUUAGGAUAGAGAAGGGUUACAGGAGGGUAUGAUGGCCACAGAAUUAAUUAAUAGCUGUCAAAACUGGAUCUGGAGUUAAAAAUAAGGAAACCCACUAGACAAAAAUGAGCUCUUUGAUAAUUGAAAAAGUAAGAACAUAACUUUGAGAUGAUUCUCAAGAUUAUAAACUUAUCAGUAUGUACCAAUUAAUGAACAGUAAUUUUAUAGAACAUUUAAAGAUUACUUUGCUAUAUUGGUAAAUCUUAUGACAAGCAUAAUGAUUUUGCCAAACAUUAAUAUUUGGCUUCAGCAAGCACCAAAAACUAAAAAAAAAAUUCAUCAUCACUCUAAAUAGUGAUCUCACAUUUAAAUUAUAUAUAUAACGACUGACCUUAGAAUGUAGUUUUUAAUUAUAUUUUUAUUUACAUGGAAAUAUUUUUCAUUUUGUUGCUUCUAUCAAAUUAUCUUUGUCAAGCAUUGUAUCCAGUUUAUUCUAACAUAAAAAAAAGUGAAAAAUCCUUUCACAGUAUGGAACAUGCAUCUUAUAGACAAAUGACAAUUUAAAAUUUAGUUGGAAGAUGGGUUUACAAGUUAAAAAACAUAUUUUAACUAUGCUUAUACCAAUAUCUUCAUUGGAAUGGAAUGAAACUUUAUAAAUUGAAUUAAUUAUAUAUUAAAGCAAUUCAUCUUUUUUUUUUUUUUAUAAUCUAAAUGUCAGAUAGGUAAAAUAAAAUAUUCCUUUCUAAAUAAAUAUUCAAAAUAAAAAAUUAUUCAUUUUAAAUUUCAUGCACCAACAGUGGUGAUUGAUCCAAUAUUAUAGACACAUCUGAACACACAUUGUAUUAACAUUUUAACGCAGAAGUUAUUCAAAAGAGAAAAAAAAACACUAGAUUUUUAAAAUGUUUUUUAACUUCAAGAUCUAAGUUGAUAUUCUAAAUAUUAAAAUAUAAGAAGAAAAAAGCUGUAAUUGUGAAGCAAAUCAGUUAAAUGUAUUAUAUCUACAAGCCAACUAAAAAAAUAAAUAAAUAAAUGAGAAAAAAAUGACGAAGGCGAUAAUAAAAAAUACAAAAUCAUUAGUCAAAGUGCUUCAAACUGAUAUAAACAUAAUUGAUUUUAAACAUGAAUAAGCUCACCUCCAAGUUAAAAUAAUGAGUCCUCAUUCAUUGGUAGUACUCAAAAAAUUCGUAUAGAAAAACAUAGCACCGAUUGUCUUAUUUCAAAGGCGUUUGUGAUUGUUCAUCGUACUAUGUACAUCAAAGCCAAAAACGAAUAGUUAAGUUUUGAUACUGAUCUGUCAAGAAACCAGACUGUAGAAUGCGCAAGUAUCGCUUUUGUUUUAAAUUGGAAAAAUUACUCAAAGUAAUUAAAAAUGAUCUCUAAUUAAUAGUUAGUUCAUUUAAUUUUACCAUAAAUUCAAUAAUAAUUGUAAACAAACUUGUUUCGUUCAAAAAUAUUUGUUUAAUAAAAGGCUGUGGAUCUAAACAUGUGUUUAUUACAACAGUGAUAAAAUUGUUUUGAAGUAUGGCCUAUAUAUGGUAUAAUGAUCAAAAUAUGGUUUUGACAGUUGUGACGUGACGAAAACAUGUAUAAUACGAAUUGUAUGUUGAAACUUAAUUUUUAUGGGACUGCAUGCUUGUUGCAUGGCAUGUUUUUCCUUGAUGUUGUUUAUUUUGUUUUUAAAAUUUAAAUAUUCUAAUUUGUUAGGGUAAAGGAAUGAAUAUGAUAUUAAUAAACUUAAUUGACUCUUAAAAUUAUUAAUUGUAAAUUUAAGAAAUGAUGACUGUUAAGAGGAAACCAAAGAAACAAGGUUUAUCAAAUUCUUAUUCUGUAGUUAAAUACAAUGUUAUGGCAGAAAAGAUGUCUUCUUCUGAUCAUGCUCCUCCAACUUAUUUAAAAUUAUUGACAGGAACAUUGGUUAAUGUAAAUGUGACCUUAGAUGAAACUUUUGUAGCCAUUAAAAUUGUUAAUUUGGAAAAACAAUACCAUGUCUCUGAAGAAGACAUUUGGAAAUGCCCACGAGAUGCAUUGAUUCAUGUUGAUAAAAGCGUUUGGCCAAUUUUAUCCGCUGUUCCUUCUCCGAUAGAUAGGGUUGUCUUGUUAAGGGACAGUGUUUUGUUAGAGGAACUUGCAGCCAUAAAAGUAGGUUCUGUCGUGAACAUUUUGAAAGAUGGAUAUGUGAAUGAGUACCUCCCUGCUGUUGUUAAAUAUAAGGGCCCCAUCUCUAAAAAAGGUCCUGGAGUAUAUUUUGGAGUAGAAAUUUUGGAAGGAGUCCAUGAAGGAGAUAAUGAUGGUUGUUAUGGAAACCAAAGAUUUUUCAGUAGUCCACCUGGAACUGGGAUGUUUGUUUCAGUAGAGAGAUUGCUUCCUGCCAAUUACUCAAUGAGGCAAAAUUUUAAUGAUUCCGUCCAACAGAGUAAACUUGUAGCAAGCAUGCAGAAACAGUUUUAUCCUGUCAACUCGAGCAUAUCUGAAAAUUACCCCAUGCAAAAUAUGGCUGUUGGAGCUAUUACCCAAAUAGAACAAGAUCUUACAAACGGAUUCCGUACUCUUUUUAGGAAAUUAAAUAAAAAAGCUAUAUGUGAGUGUGAAAAAAGUGAACUGAAAAUUGGUGAUAGAAUAAUUUGGAUGUAUGAUAAUGAGCCUAUUUCUGGGAUCGUUCGUUGUAUAGGAUAUUCAGAGAGUAAUCAGUUGAAAGUCAGCAUUCAGUUGGAUGAACCUGUUCAUACAGACUAUGUGGGAGGCCGUGAAUCCAGAACCAUUACUGUUCCUGCUCUUGAAUUAGUCAAAGCAUCUGAUUUUUAUGGAGAUGAAGGUGAAAGUAAAGUCAAUGGGGAAGUUACUUGGAGUAGUGGUGCCACUAGUACAAGAGAUAUAAAUACAAAAUAUAAUCAAGCUACCCAGGACUUCAUUACAUUGAACACUCCACCAUCUUCUUAUGAUGAUGGUGCAAGUAGUGGAAGUGAAGGAAGCGGAUAUUAUGACACACCAGAUUCAUCUAGUGCUGAAAGUUUUUGUGUUGGUUCUUUAGUUGAAGUACCUAUUAAUGGUGAACCUAACUAUGGAGUUAUUCGAUGGAUUGGGACAGUUCCUGGAGACAAGAGGUCUCGAAGAGUUGCCGGAAUUGAAAUGGAAAAAGAACAACCUGGUUUUGGUGAUGGCUCAUUCAGUGGUCGUCGAUAUUUCCAUUGCAAUCCUGAAAGGUCACUGUUUAUAAGCCUUAACCAAUGCAAGCGAGACUCAAGGUUCCAAGACAGCCCAUUCAAAAGAAUUCCUCGUAAGAGUGAAGAUUUCGGCUGUAUUGAAAGUCCAAUAAUACCUGGUGUUAUUCCUCCUGUUUCAAGAGGAGAUAUAACUUCUAUUUGUGGGAAGAAUAGAGGUAUUCAAGGACACCAUAAUUCUUGCUAUUUAGAUGCAACACUUUUCAGUAUGUUCACCUUUACUAGUGUCUUCGAUAGUUUGUUGUACCGGCCAGCUUUGUGCACUGAUAUACCCCAUUACCAAUUAAUUCAGAGAGUGCUUCGAGAUGAAAUAGUUAAUCCAUUAAGAACCAAUUUUUAUGUUAGAGCUGACAGAGUAAUGAAACUACGUACACUCAUGAAGGAAGAACUAAAAGAUGUUUCUUUUACGACGGAAGAAAAAGAUCCUGAAGAGUUUCUUACCUCAUUGGUUGCCAAAAUUUUAAGAGCUGAACCUUUUUUAAAACUCAGUUCUGGGCAAGAAGCUUACCAUUAUCAAUUGUUUGUUGAAAAAGAUGAGGCUCUAAUAUUCCCUACUGUCCAGCAGCUUUUUGAGCAAAGUUUCCUUUCAAGCGACCUUAAACUGAAAGAGGUUCCUUCUUGUCUGAUUAUACAAAUGCCGAGAUUUGGAAAAUCAUUUAAAAUGUAUCCAAGGAUUUUGCCUUCCCAAUUGCUUGAUGUAACAGAUGUUAUUGAAGAUUCUCCCAGGCAGUGUACAGUGUGUGGUAAUUUAGCUGAUUUUGAAUGCAAAGAGUGCUUUGAACAAUGUGAUGUUGGUCUGCAGAGUAUUUCAUUCUGUAGAGCAUGCUUGGAAAGGUCACAUAACCAUGAAAGAAGAAGAAAUCACAAAUAUAAGCCUUUAAGUGUGCCUCUUGAAUUUACCAUCAUUAAAGACCAUUGUCUUAUCCCAAGACUUUAUAUGCAGUUGUUUGCUGUAGUCUGCAUUGAGACUUCUCAUUAUGUAACAUUUGUGAAAUGUGGAACUGGAGCUGAUGCACCUUGGUGCUUUUUUGAUUCAAUGGCAGAUAGAAAAGGGGAACAGAAUGGUUAUAAUAUCCCAGAAAUGGUGGCCUGCCCUGAGCUUCCUUAUUGGCUGUCCGAAAAAGGAGCAAUGGAUCUUCAAUCAAAAGAUGAAAGACGACUUCCAGAAUAUGCAAAAAGAUUAUUAUGCGAUGCUUAUAUGUGCAUGUACCAAAGCACUGAGGUCAUGAUGUACAGAUAAACAGAUGAUGGUAUGAGCAUUUUAAAAGAUUGCUUUAGGAAUGUUAAAUGUGAUAAAAUAGAAAAUAGUGAUACUGAGAUGGCUUAACCAUAAGUAUAAUGUUCAUAAUAUGUUAAUAUAAACUGUCUUAUCACACAAUCUAGUCAUAUAAAGCAUAUGAACACUUAUUUACUAAAAUAGGAUUAAGAUUGGUAAUGUAAUUAAUGUUAUUUUUAAACAAAAAAUAUGGUUCAGAAGCUUCCAAGUGGUUUUGAAUAUCACUUAGUGCUUUUUAUUUUAAAAGACUGCUUUUCAAUGUUAAUGGUAUUUAUAAUGGUUGUGCAUGGUUGUUAAAGAAAAAAGAAUUAUCUACAACAGAUUUUAUAUUAUAAUUAAAAUCUCUAUCAAACUGUUUGUGUAAUUUUUUAGUUUAUUGAAAGUGGAAAUAUUCUUGUUAAAAAACUGUAUUCCAGUUUAUUUUGAAAAAAGAUACUUUAUUUUAAAACAAUCAAUAAGUAUUAAAUAUUUCCCACUGAUUAAAGUUGCUAUCUCAGAAGUUGUUAAGUAUUCAGAAUUAAUUAAAAAGAAUAUUGUUGACAGCUUGUUUAUUUGUUUUUAGAACAUAAAUCAUAAAUUUCCUUAUGAAAUUAAGGAAAAAAAAUGUUCUUUCUUUUUUACAUUUUAUUCUAAAAGAUCACUUUUAAAAAAAAAAAAUGGUGAGGAGAUUUGUUAGUAAUUUAUUGAUUAUAACAAUUUCUAUUUAAUGUGUUGGCUAGGACAGAAUGAUCUAUGCUAUUUUUUCAUUGGGCUUGAGUUUAGGGUUAAAAUGUCUUCCAUUUCCAUUAGCUUGGUUGUAACGGUCCCAAUUUCAUGUAUGAGAGUUUUGGGUUAUUGCUAGUUUGCCUAACUGUGUCUAAUGACUUGCAUGAUUUCAUGAUUUUGCAAAUUUUAUCUUAUAUUUUGUAUUUUUAUAAGAUGUGUGUAAUUUUCUCAUCAGUCUACCUUACCUUAUGUUGGGCAUAUUGCUCUUGGAUUGUUGGAUCGUAAGUUGUUUUUUUUUAACCCACAAAUUUUAUGCAACCUUAAGCUUCUGACUCUGACUAAAUACUUAUCAUUUUUAAAUUUUUUUAGGCCCUUUGUUAAAGAUAACACAUAUGAUAGUUUAUAAAACUAGAGUGUAAUUCAUGAUUCAUAAUUCUUAAUAACUUUAUACACCUUACGUGUCAUGAAUUCAAUUUAUACAACAGUUUAACUUUAAAAAAUAAAAAUUUUCAAUAAUUAAUAAAAAUCAUUUUUAUUUCUACCAUUUGAUUAUAAUGAAUUUUCAGAAAUAAUAUUUUAAGUUGUGACUUUGUAUUAGUUCAGUAACUUUUGCUAAAUAAAAGACAUUUCUUCAAAAAACAUUUAGCCCAGGUUUUUGUCAUGGAAUCUUUGUUAUGUCAUUCCAAAUAAUACCUGAAAAAUACUUCUGAUUCUAUGUUGUAUGCUUCUUUUUUUUUUUAGGAGGAUGUAGUAGGGGUGGAAAUUUCAAUUCAGGUACUGGGGCAAGUGUGUUAUCGUUUUGUAUAUAUUUUUUAAAAAAAUAAAUGGAAUAAACAGAAAACAAAAUCCAUAAAAUCAAAAGCAUAAAUUACGAAGGAAUUUUAUAUAAAAUGAGGCAAGAUUUUAACUUCUACCUACAUUUAUCAUGAAUGUUUUUAAAUCUCAAUGCUAUAAAUUUUCUUGAAAAUAGCUAUAAAAACAUUUUAUGUGAAGUAAAGUUUUAAAUAUGGCUUCAUUAAUGGAGCUAGGCAACUUUUCCAUUUCUUCAAAGAACAGAGGGGGCAUUUUCAGAAAACUUGUGAACUUGCUUUCACGGAUUGAACAAAUGACAGUAAAUUGUCUAAAUGAUUUAAGACACUGGUUCAUACAAUAUUUUUAUUUCAGGACUGUAAAAAGUAAUUUCAUAUUGCGAUAGUAUACUUUGUAGCAAUUUUUAAUAACAUGUAUGUGUUACACAACAUUAUGUUUUAGAAUUUUUUUUUUUUUUAAGAUAUGUAGUAACUUAUGAAUUAUUGUUGUGUUGACUUGGUUUUAUGUUUUUCUAAUAAUCAUAAAAAAUAUACACUAAAUGAUACCACCCUUUACUAGGUACCUGAUUUGAAGUUCCUGUUUACUUCCCUCUCCCUCUCCUCCUACACCCUUCUAAAAAAGAAUUUAGCAUAUGAAAUAAAGUUGGACACUUUUUAUUAGAAUGACAUACCAAGAAAAGUGCUGAUUUUUCAUUAAUAAAAAAAAAAACUUAAUAAAAUAGAAUGACAGAUGAGUCAUUCAUAUAAUAUUUAAUCAUUUAGCAUUUUUGGACCUAGUGAUUUGUCUUAAAGAAAAUAUCAACGUUUUGAAGAAAAAUUUAGCAAAUGUAAAGGACCGGGACAUCAAAUGGUCAAGUAAUAUAAGAAUGACCCAAAUGCCAAUUAGCAUGAUUAAAUCUUGCUUUCAGAUUAUUUUUCAUCUAUAUACUACUGUUAAAAUAGAAUCCAGUUGAAUGUCCUCUUAAACUUAAAUAAUUCCAAUUUAUUAUCAUCCUCUGAAAAUAUUUUAUUUAUGGUGCUAAAUUGUGUAUAAAGUAGGUAAGAACUUUGUUUGAAAUCUUGAUUUUAAUUUUUGUAUAUCUGUUGUUUGAACUGUUUAAGUAUAUAAUUUUAGAUGUUAUAUUAAAAUAAAAUGAACUACCGUACGUUAAUACUUUAGACGCAUUUAACUGCUAUUAUAUGAAUUAUAGUGUAAAUAAAAUUAUAUGAAGUAUAAUUAUUGUUAUAGGAAAAUAUAUAUGUGAUUUUAUUAGGUUCCUGAGCUGCUGGCAGCUUUGAAUAUCAUUAAUUUAAUUACAUCACACACGCAUAUAUUUUAUAUAUAUAUAUAUAUUCUAAUUUUGUUUCUUUUAAUUGAAGAAAUUCUUAAUGUACUAUUGAAAAUUUAUAUAUGAUCUUGAAAGUCCCUAGAAAAUAAAUUUGAUACAUGAAAAAUUGCUGUUUUUUUUUUUUUUUUUUUAAAUCAUUAGUGAUUUAUA